AUGUCUCAAAGCAAGGCUGGAAGGAGGAGGAGGUCGAGCAGUAUCAUCUAUCAGGAGCCCCCGGAGUCCAUUGAGCAUACCAGUGAUCAGGCUGCCUUACCCAAUCUGAAUGCGAACUGGGUAAAUGCCAAGGGUGCCUGGACAAUCCAUUUUGUUUUGAUCAUCGCUUUGAAGAUUUUCUACGAUAUCAUCCCCGGAGUCUCCCAGGAGACAUCAUGGACCCUCACCAAUAUCAGCUAUAUGUUCGGCUCCUUUCUCAUGUUCCACUGGGUGCGGGGCAUCCCCUUUGAAUUUAAUGCGGGUGCCUACGACAACCUCAACAUGUGGGAGCAAAUUGAUAACGGAGACCAAUAUACUCCGACCAAGAAAUUCCUCCUCUGCGUGCCCAUCUGUCUCUUCCUCCUCAGUACUCAUUAUACCCACUACGACUUGACAUAUUUUACCAUCAACUUCCUGGCCACGUUGGGGGUAGUCAUUCCGAAACUUCCAUUUUCACACCGAUUGCGAAUAGGACUCUUCUCCGAUGAACUGGAUGAAUAG